AUGUCUGACUGCGGUCCUCAGUUUACAGCCUCAGAGUUUAGACAAUUUGCACAUGAAUGGAACUUUACUCAUGAGACAUCAUCCCCGUACUACCAUCAAUCGAAUGGCCAAAUUGAGCGCAGUGUGCAGACUGUUAAAAAUAUUUUAAAAAAAUCUUUAGAAGAUAAUUCUGAUUAUCGACUUGGGUUGUUAGAAUGCUUAAAUACACCAGUUAGCAAUAUCAUACCCUCACCAGCAGAACUGCUUCAGAGUAGAAAGUUUAGAAGUAUUGUUCCAACGCCUGUUAAAUUAUUUAAUUCUAAAUCUCAUGUAAGUACGCAACAGAAAUUGAGAGUUAGGCAGCAAAAAUAA